AAUUCCUUUGCCGUCGGGAAUGAACUUCCGGUAGUCUCAAGUUGAAUUCAGCAGAGAGGCAAACACACGCAGAGAAAGAUGGAUAAACAGAGUUAAUCUAUAAAUACCAUAAACAUGGAUAGCAGCAACAGUUCCUGGAACUAGAGCCCGCCUGGAACAGUCGCAGACUGACACAAAUCCACAGGCGCUGUUAUCGACCAGGAAACGUAAUGGCGGAGAUAUUACCCAACAGUUCUUCGACAGCCGUAUUCUUCGCUACCGGGAGACUAGGAGAUUAGGGGGACAUCAUGGCCGAGAGCGCCCCAUCUGUGAGUGACGGUCCUGACUGUGGGAGCGAACAACAUGUAUCGUCAGCCAACACAGUGACCCCCCUGAACACAGCAGCAGCCAGUCAACAUGCCCAGUCGCCCGUCUCCACAACCAACCGCCUUACCCCCACAACAAAGAAGAUCGGAGAGAAGUUUCUGACAUGUCCGAUUUGUUACGAGAUGUACAGUCAGCCUAAGUGCCUGCCAUGUCUCCACACCUUCUGCUGCCACUGUCUAGACUCCUACAUACAAUCCCAGAAUGCAUUUCGUGCAAGGAGGAAGCAAGGAUUUCCUUGCCCACUAUGCAACCAGUUUUACUUUAUUAAAAACUAUGAAAUGCCCUUAAGCCACUGGGUAGAAGGUAUACAGAAUAACUUCAUGGUUCAGAAUAUGAUAGAAUAUCUUCUUCCACAGGCUGGUGAUAAAGCUGAGAAUGUGUGUCCCCCUUCAGUUGACCCAUCUCCGGUCAGAACCUCUGUGCUGAAUCCAGACCAUGAAGAAGAUGGUUCCCCGGAGGUUCUCCCUGCUGGACCAAACCCAGACAAUGGAAGACACCAGGAAGAGGAUGCAGAGGAGAGCAGUACAGCUUCUCCGUCUCUUCAGGACCCGCCUCUGAGCCCAUUUGUUCUACAGAAUCAGCACCCUUCGCGGUACAGUCAUCGGCGUUCGCUCAUAGAAACAGGUAGAAGUAUCGACCAUCUACGACACAGUUUUCCUUGUGGAGCCAUGACUCUUUCUUAUCCAACACCUGAGUUUUAUUCUGAAGCUAACUUGCAAGUCAACCUUAACCCUCUGUGCACUACGAAGAGUCACAGUUCUAAUGACUUAAACCGUCAUGAGAUGCCUGCCUAUUUUGUUGAUUCCGACAUGAUGGAAAGGGUUGGUUUUUACAGAACGUCAGUAGACAGACAGUUUUCAGAUGUAUGUUGUCUAUCAAAUUCAAAUACAAUCGUUAUCACAGACUAUAACAACAACCACGUCCUUCUCUGGGAGGGCUUCUUCCAAGGAUGUAAAACCUACACAAAGGUCAAGGUCGAUGGGAAGCCGACAUCUGUAGCUCCGCUGGACGAAUCUCUAGAGGACUGUGUUGUGGUCAACCUUCUAAAUAAGGGAAAGAUAGUCUUCAUUUCAAUCCCGGAACUGUACUUCUUGCGCAUCAUUGACACUGAGGUCAACAUUCGUAGCGUGGCGAUGUUGGCCACCAACACCCUCCUCACCGGAAGUUCAAUCAGGCCCGCUAGAAUCGACAUGGUACAAGUUGACAAUCGUUUCCAACUGACCAGACGACACUGUUUGCUGGAGAACAGCCAGCAGUGCUGGGCCAUCUGCACGCCCAAUCACAUGUGUGGUGUGUCAACUGACACGUUUGUCGUCGCUGAUACUCUGCAGAGAAGUCUGGUCGGGUAUGACAUCAAGACUAGGAACGGCAGGAAGGUCGGGGAGAAGAGCUUUUCCUUUACACCUUCAGGUGACCGGAAGUUCGUCAGUCUUGGUGGAUUGUGUUGUCAAAGGUCUUCCGGGAGCAUCUACGUGGUCGACCAGGACGCCAAUGCGGUGUAUCGAGUACAAGUGGGGACCAGCAUUAGGUGUGAAAAAGUGCUUAGUGAGAAGAAUGGUAUCAAGAAGCCAGCGUCUGUUUGUUUAAGUCUGCGCGACGAGUUGUGUGUGGUUGACUGGGGAGGUGGUAUCUCUGUUUUCAAACCCAAAUGUGUGGCCAAAGCAUAGUCUGUGUGGAGAUAUAGAUUGAUCCAUAUUGACCUGAAGAGGACAGAUUGUGUGGCUGUGAACGUCCGGGACUGUUUCAGUGGGGUGUGGGGGGAUUGUGUGAAGAUGAUUGACUGUGUUGGGUGUGAAUAUGAUUGACUGUGUUGGUGUAAGAAGAUGAUUGACUAUGUUGGUGUAAAGAUGUAUUGAUGAUUGACUAUGUUGGUGUGAAGAUGAUUGACUGUGUUGGUGUAAAGAUGAUUGACUGUGUUGGUGUGAAGAUGAUUGACUGUUGGUGUGAAGAUGAUUGGCUAUGUUGGUGUGAAGAUGAUUGACUAUGUUGGUGUGAAGAUGAUUGACUGUGUUGGUUGGUGAAGAUGAUUGACUGUGUUGGUGUGAAGAUGAUUGACUGUGUUGUGUGAAGAUGAUUGACUGUGUUGAUGUAAAGAUGAUUGACUGUGUUGGUGUGAAGAUGAUUGACUGUGUUGGUGUGAAGAUGAUUGACUAUGUUGGUGUGAAGAUGAUUCACUUUGUGGUGUGAAGAAGGUUGACUGUGGGCGUAAAGAUGAUGAAUGUUUGGGUGU